AUGGUUGUUGGACAACAGAUUGACAUGGACAAGGACUUGAGGGGUUGGGGCAUCUUCGUCAAGCCUGAGAUAAAGGUUAGAUUUGUACCCGCUCUGAAGACAUAG